CGGAAGUGUGGCGUUUCUCUUUGUUCUUGGGCGAACCCUGCGAAAGAUCCGUAGUCUGCGAGCUCAGGCGGGAGCAUGCUGACUCGGCUGAAAGCAAAAUCAGACGGGAAGCUCGCAAAACAGCUAUGCAGAGUUGUGUUGGACCAGUUUGACAAACAGUAUUCCAAAGAACUUGGGGAUUCCUGGAGUACAGUAAGGGAUGUUCUAGUAUCUCCAUCAUUGUGGCAAUAUGCGGUCCUCUUCAACCGAUUCAAUUAUCCCUUUGAGCUGGAAAAGGACUUACAGUUGAGGGGCUAUCACACAAUCCUUCCUGGGUCCUUACCAUAUUAUCCUAAAUCAAUGAAGUGUUACCUCAGCCGAUCUCCAGAUCGAAUGCCUUCAGAAAGACAUCAGACUGGAAGCUUGAAGAAGUACUACCUCCUCAACGCUGCCUCUCUUCUCCCAGUACUGGCUCUGGAACUGAGUGACGGGGAGACCGUUCUGGACUUGUGUGCUGCUCCUGGAGGCAAAUCAGUAGCCCUGCUGCAGUGUGCUUCCCCAGGUUAUCUUCUUUGUAACGAAUAUGAUAGUCUGAGAGUGAGAUGGCUGAGACAGACAUUGGAAUCUUUCAUCCCACAGCCUUUGAUAAAUGUAAUUAAAGUGUCUGAAUCGGAUGGCAGAGAAAUGGGAGAUGCCCAGCCUGAAACGUUUGACAAGGUGUUAGUUGAUGCUCCAUGUUCAAAUGACCGAAGCUGGCUGUUCUCAUCUGACUCUCAGAAGGCUGCCUAUAGGCUCCAUCAAAGGAGCAAUUUGCCUGUCCUUCAGGUAGAACUCUUGAGGUCUGCAAUUAAGGCCUUACGGCCCGGAGGGUUACUCGUGUACUCCACAUGCACGCUUUCCAGGGCUGAAAAUCAGGACGUCAUCAGUGAGAUCUUAACCUCCAACAGUACCAUCGUGCCUGUGGACAUUAGUGGACUAGCAAGGACUUGCUCCCAAGAUUUCACAUUCGCUCCCACUAACCAGAAAUGCAGUCUUUUGGUGAUUCCAGAAAAGGGCAAAGCUUGGGGCCCAAUGUUUAUAGCCAAGCUGAAAAAAAAUCGUGGGUACAGGAAAAUGGUGAAAUAAUUUUGUAAGCCAUAUUGAUGUGUUAUUAUAUGCAUAUUAUUUGAGCACAGUAUGUGUUAGUACUUAUAAUUACAGAGCCACUUUGCCUAGGACCAUUUGGAAUCCUGUUUCGUUAGUACUUCAGCCAUGUAGAGCGUAGGCUUAAGAAAUUUUCAGGUCCAGUUUUGUUCCUCGAAAUCUAUCUACAGUGAUGUGUAAAGUGGGGCAGAUGGUGUUGGCUCUGUGUAAUCAAAUUCUUGUUUUUACUUGGUAAAUGAGUUAGAAUACAUGGUUCUGUGCGUAAAAUGAAAUAAAUAAAAUGCUUAGGACUGAAGCCUAUGACAUAGGUAUUUUAAACAUUUCCUUUAAAACUGGAUCUGCCAACACUCAUUACCAUUUCCUCAUCAAAUGUGCAGAUUCGUUCUGUAAGAGCAAUUGGUAUUCCAAAGCUAGCUCCUUAAACAGCACAAUUUCUCGUCGUAGGAAAAUAGGUUUCUUAUUUGCAAAUUUGUUGUGCUAAGGACUCUCUUCUGUUUACUGCAAAGGUCAGUGACUCCAUUGACACCAACUUCUUCAUCCCUCCCAUUUGUUUUUGUUCAGAAAUACAAACUGAAAGGGUAAGUUAUGUUGAAAGGCCUUUAGCGCAGCAGAGUCACAAGCACGUGCUUGACUUUCGACAUUCGGCCUGUGAAAUAAUGCAGUCUAUCCAGCAGGCUAUAAAGCAAGCACUUGAAACAGAACCAGAGUGAUUAAUAACGGCAAUAACUGAACUAUAUUUGGAGUGUUUUGUUACAUAAUUGCAGUCAUAAUGAGUACUACGGAAUCUGAUUAUCUGACAGUUGCAAUCUGAAGGGGCUUUUUAUUUCACUAGGUUAUAAAAUGUUAUAUGAGAGUGUGAUAUCACAUGUUAAUGCACAAGAAAGAGAUACCUGAUGAGAGUCAAUUAUCUAUUACCAAGGCCCCAAAAAAUUCACUGAGUGGCUCUCUCUGUUUACACGUACACCACGAGUUUUGUGCAUACGUCUGUAUGUAUGCUUAGGGUUUUAGAAUCAAUUUUCAAUCAUGAACCUUUCUUUAAAAAAUGCUUCUCUUGGAUCCAAACAUAUUUUCCAACUAUUACUAAAAAUCAUGCUGGCAGACAUGGCAGUGCAUUUGGGAGGCUGAGGCAGAAACCAAGUUCAAGUCCAGCCUGAGCUGCAUAGCAAGACCCUCUUUAAGAAAGAGGU